AUGGCUCACGACAGUCUGAUCUACAACAGACAGCAUCUGAUAACACAGAACGAAGAGCAUUUCCUACUUGUUGAGAAAUCCAACUGCUGUCUGAUCGAGGGGAACCCCAUCUCCCAAGUGAUGCCCCCGCUGCUCAUCCUGGCCUUCGUGCUGGGCGCCGUGGGUAACGGCAUCGCCCUGUGUGGUUUCUGCUUUCAUAUGAAGACGUGGAAGCCCAGCACCAUUUACCUGUUCAACCUGGCUGUGGCUGACUUCCUCCUCAUGAUCUGCCUGCCCUUUCGGACAGACUAUUACCUGCGACACAGGCGCUGGAUCUUCGAGGACAUCCCCUGCCGGGUGGUGCUCUUUAUGUUGGCCAUGAACAGGGCUGGGAGCAUUGUCUUCCUCACCGUGGUGGCAGUGGACCGGUAUUUCAAAGUGGUCCAGCCCCACCACAUGGUGAACAGCAUCUCCAACCGGACGGCCGCGGGCCUGGUCUGUGCACUCUGGGCCAUAGUCAUCCUGGGAACGGUGUACCUGCUGACAGAGAACCACCUGUGUGUGCAGGAGAAGGCCAUCUCGUGUGAGAGCUUCAUCAUGGAGUCAGCUAACGGCUGGCACGACAUCAUGUUCCAGCUGGAGUUCUUUCUGCCCCUCGGCAUCAUCCUCUUCUGCUCCUUCAAGAUCGUGUGGAGCCUGAAGCAGAGGCGGCAGCUGGCCAGGCAGAAGCGGAUGAAGAAGGCCACGCGGUUCAUCGUGGUGGUGACUGCUGUGUUUAUCACCUGCUACCUGCCCAGUGUGUCGGCCAGGCUGUACUUCUUGUGGACUGUGUCCUCCAGCGCCUGUGACCCAUCUGUCCACGUAGUCCUCCACAUUACCCUCAGCUUCACCUACAUGAACAGUAUGUUAGAUCCCCUGGUGUAUUAUUUUUCAAGUCCGUCAUUCCCUAAAUUCUACACUCAACUCAAAAACCGCAGUUUGAGACCCAAGCGUCCAGGGCACUCCAAGACCACUCCGAGACCAGAAGAGAUGCCCAUUUCGAAUCUCUGUCCUUUCAUGACUCAAGACCAGACGGGAAUCUACGGAAAACAGCGCUCGUGGCAAGCCCUGAAAUUGUGCCCCUGUUCAGACCUCUAA